CACGCGCUCUCAAUUUGCGUUUUUUUUUCUGAUUAUUUUUUGUUUCUUUUAAUAUAAUUCAAAAUAGUGAUGGAUUCGCCAUCCUCACGUGCUGGUUCCUUUACUCCUCCGCCGAGAUCGUCGCCGAGUGUGGUGGCUGGUACCGCCCCGUCACCUGCUGAUUUCUGUACUCCUCGGCCGCGAUCGUCGCCGAGUGUGGUGGCUGGUACUGCCCCGAGUCCAUCGCCACCGCCGGUGCCACGAAACAAGACGCUCCUGGAGUUUCUUCUCGAGUCGAUUGAGGAGUUUACGGAGAUUUACAUGAAAGAUAAACGAAAGAGGCAGCGCAGUAAGGAAGCAUUGGAGGCAGAAAGAAAAAGGAAAAUACGGAUUUUGAUGUCCUUGCGCUAGUGUGGUCUCUUCUUCCAAAUUCGGAUGCUUCAUAACUGUGUUCUCCAGGUUCGGUUCAGCUCUUCAGUCUGCUCAAACCUCGAGAAGUUUCUUUAACUAUGCAAAAUCAUUUUCUGGUUGCUGCCCCUCAUUUGUAUCUUUCACUGCUGAUUCUUCUUCGGUAUCUAUUUCUUCUUUAAUGGUUUUCUCAACUGUUCCAACUCCAACUGAUGUUGUAGUGGGCAAAGUUGACAGGGCUUUAUCCUUAGGCUCACCAGUCAUUACAAAUGAGAUGUUCAAUGCCAUCAUCAACACAAGGUUGGUUGUACUGUUUUUGUACAACUAUAUCUUUUCUUGAAAAUUAGAAACAUCUCAAUGCCACAACAAGUUGCUUUAUGAGGACAAGGAAUAACUGUUUACAUGUUAUCUCCUACAUACAGAGCUGGAUAAAGUUGUUCCUAUGAUCCAAACUAUAUAUAUUUUUUUUUUUAAUUUUAAUCUGCUAUGGCAAAAGAACUUUUGAUUCAUAAGAUUUGAAAAACCAUUUAGCUCUUUUUUUUUUGUCUUUUGUUUGUUUGUUUUUCUGGGAUGAAUAAGCUUGUUGUUUUUGUUUCUUAGAUGUCGAAUCAAUUCAAUAAACUGAAAAGGGCUGGUUGCGCAAUUUUCAAAACAUAAUUACUUUCUGAUCCAGAUUUUUGUAACUCCACAUCAUUGGCUCCUUUGAUAUCUGUUGCAUCCUUUGGAGUGAUUUUAUAGCUGCCAAUUAUUUUUGUAACUCUACAUCAUUGGCUCCUUUGAUAUCUGUUGCAUCCUUUGGAGUGAUUUUAUAGCUGUCAAUACUGUGUACACACACCCACAUCUUGGCUAUACGCCCACUAGACCUGUCAAAACGGGCCAGGGCGCGCGGGCCAGCCCUUCAACCCCAUUUUCAGCACACAUUUAAUAGGGUUAUUUUUUACCCUAGCCCCACUAACCCUCGUCUCUUUUGGGUUAACUCAACAACCCUAUGCGCCAGCCCAAUGUUUUUUUUUUCUAAACCCUAAAUCCCAAUUUCUCUAGUUUUCUUCUUCAGAGCGUUCCAAUUUUUUUUUUCUUCAGCGUGUCUGUGGCAACCACACACAUUCACAAUUCUCUAGUCAGGUAUCUUCUCUCUCUUUUUCUCAAUGCUUUCAAUUUUUUGAUUCCCUGCACAGUAAUUUCCUUCUCUGAAUUCCAUCGUUUUCGUUUUUGAUUCGAUGAGUGAAAUCGAUGCAAUUUUUGGAAGCUUAUUCAGGUAUGGUUUCUUGGAAUUCUUGCGUUUUUUAAGACUUCGGGUUCUUGUUUCUGUUCUAGUUUCAAAUUGAAAAAAAAUAAAAUAAAAAAAUCAUGAGAUUGUUGAAUCUGAUUCUUUGCGUUUUCUUGCUGGCUUGUAUGAUCCUCAAGAAGAAGAGGAUGAGGUGGGUGCUUCGAAAAUUUUAAGUUCGUUUUAUGCAGUUUUGAGUUUGUUUCUUUUGUUUCUAUUUCUUGUGUUAUGGUCCUGGAAGACUAAUUGUGAAUGAUCUCUGCUUUCAGGGAUUUUCUGAUUUUGUGGAAGAAAUGGUGUCCCUUAUGGCUCAAGUGAGGAAAGAGGAAAAGGAUUAUGGUUUGGAGGAGUUGCAGUCUAUGUUCAUGGAAAUGGUUGAAGGGUUCGAGUCUCCUUCAAUGUACUGUGGGGCACCUUCGGUGAUUGUGGAAUCCCGGUGCUUAAAGAGGAUGUGUUUUGACACAACCGUGAUGGAAGAUAAAGGCUCACCAUGGCUAGCUUUGGCAAGUUGGGUGCUAUGCAACAAAUGAUCAAAGAUAGAAUCAUGCCUGCAAGUGCAGUGUCUGAUGACAACAUUUUGGUGAAGAAAAUAGUGUCAGACCAUAAUCCUGAUGGACUAGAAUAUGAUGUCAAGCCACUUCUCCAUAUUGUUGAGGAUAUUCUUAGACGCUCUACCUUGAGUUCUGAAGGUGCUUCAACGGGUGCUCUCGCACAUGUUGAUCAUGUAGAAGACAAAAGCCACCUUCCCGGUUACACAAACAUGCUGGAGGCUCUAUCUUUUAAGAUUGAUUGUAUUUCCUGUGAGAUUUCCUACAAGACUCUUGGUGGUGCAGAUGCACACACCACAACAGUUGCAAUAUUUGAAAUGCUUACAACAUACAAGUGGGAUGUGAAGUUGGUGUUGGCCUUAGCUGCUUUUGCUUUGACCUACGGUGAAUUCUGGCUGCUUGCUCAUAUUCAUGAUACAAACCAACUUGCCAAAUCAAUGGCAAUUCUGAAGCAAUUACCUAGUAUCAUGGAGCACGCAGGCUCAAUGAAACCACGGUUUGAUGCACUUAAUGAUCUAAUUAAGGUCGUAUUGGAGGUGACCAGGUGUGUCAUAGAGUUCAAUGAUAUUCCAACUCGAUACAUUGCACAAGAGGUACCACCCUAUACAACUGCCUCUAACCAGAUCCCAAUUGCUGUCUACUGGAGUGUCAGAAGUAUUGUGGCUUGUGCAGCUCAGAUUACCAGCCUCACUACACUUGGCUAUGAGAUCAUGACAUCAACAAAUGAUACUUGGGAGCUAUCAACAUUGGCUCACAAGCUCAAAAACAUAGCCAACCAUCUCAGAGAGCAACUUCAUAACUGCUACAAACACAUUGAGAGAAAGAUGGAUUCUGAAGCUUAUGAAAUGCUACAUGAUUUAUUUUCCACACCCCACUUGGACAACAUGAAGGUUCUCAAGGCUUUGAUAUAUGCAAAGGAUGAUAUUCUGCCUCUAUAUGAUGGUUCUUCAAAAAAAAGGGUUGGCCUUGAGCCGCUGAGAAAGAGGAAUGUGUUACUUCUAAUCUCUGGCUUGGAAUUCUCCCACGACGAGCUUCUGAUUCUUGAACAGAUCUAUAACGAAUCAAAGGGGCAUGCAUCAAGAAUGGAUAGCAGAUAUGAGUUAGUUUGGAUCCCAAUUAUGGACCAAAGUUCUGAAUGGACAGAGGCAAAGCAAAGGGUGUUUGAGAGUCUGCAAGAAACCACGCCAUGGUUCUCUGUGUAUCAUCCUUCAUUGAUAAGCAAGGCUGUCACUUGGUUCAUACAGAGGGAAUGGAAAUAUAAGAACAAGCCAAUUAUCGUGGUUUUGGACCCUUAUGGGAGGGUUGCUUGUCCUAAUGCUAUUCACAUGAUGUGGAUUUGGGGAAGUGCUGCCUUUCCUUUCACAAGUUCAAGAGAAAAAGAUCUAUGGAAGGAAGAGACUUGGAGACUUGAAUUGCUCGUUGAUGGCAUUGACUCAGAAAUAUUGAACUGGAUUAAGGAAGGGAAAUACAUCUUCUUCUAUGGAGGGGAUGAUCAUGAGUGGGUAAGAAGAUUUGUGAAGGAAGCACGAAGGAUUGCACAAGCUACACUAAUACCCUUAGAGAUGGUAUAUGUUGGGAAAGGCAACAAAAGGGAACAAGUGCAGAAAGUGUGGGAUACCAUACUUAGGGAAAAGCUCAACACACAUAGCUGGCAAGAGCAUAGCAUGGUGUGGUUCUUCUGGACCCGUCUUCAGAGCAUGCUCUUCUCCAAGAUUCAACUGGGUCAAGCUGAUGAAGAAGACCUUGUGAUGCAAGAAAUCAAGAAGCUUCUAAGCUAUGACAGACAAGGUGGUUGGAUCAUUCUAGCAAGAGGGUCUCAAAUUGUGGUUAAUGGGCAUGCUACAACUGGUUUGCAAACUUUGAUGGAGUAUGACACAAUAUGGAAGGAAUUUGCUGAGAGAGAUGGGUUUGAACCAAGUUUUAAGGAUCAGUAUGAGAAGAAUCAUAGAGUUGCUAACCCUUGUUGUAGAUUUGAGUUCUCACAUGCAAUGGGGAGAAUCCCAGAUAAGCUCACGUGCCCUGAGUGUCGCAGACACAUGCACGUGCUCACCACCUUUGAAUGCUGCCAUGAUGAAAACAAUGAUGAGGAUUUUUUUAUUAGAGCUGUUGCUCCUCCUACCAUUUGAUCAUUAAUCAUUCUGCAGCCUGUGUUUCUUUGCAGUUGAUUACAUAGUCCCUACGUGUUUGCAUGUGUUUGUUUUUUUCGCAGAUUGAUGUAAUAAAAAUGUGAGUAGUGAGGAUUGGUCUCUCCACUGAGGGAUUUGUCAAAGUAUUAUGUGACUUGUGUCAGUCUUUGGCUCUUGUUUGUCCUAUUGGCAUUAAG